AUGGCUAUGACCAAUGCUGAAAGAAUGAAAAAAUAUCGAGAAAAAAUUAAAAAGGAUAAAGUUAAAUACGAGGCAAUGAAGGCAAAAGCUCGUGCUCGUAAUAAUUCAAUAAGAACAGUAUUAAGAGGAGCGAGCUUGGCUAAAUUUCGUGCUGAAAAUAAAAUGCGUCAACAAAAUUUCGAGAAAAUAAAAAACAAAGCUUUAAAAAAAGUAAAUUCAUCGCUUCCUAAAUGCGGCUUAAAGAAAAAAGUUAUCAUUCAACAUAUUGCUCAAAGUGUUGGUUUAGUUCGUAAAUCUACACAUAAACGUACUACACAGCAACUUGCCGAUAAAUUAAAAAAUGACGUACAUAAUUUCUACUUGCGAGAUGAUGUUUCAUAUCAAUUGCCAGGUAAAAGAGAUACAGUUGUUGUUAAAGAGGAUGAUGGAAGUAAAGUAACUUAUCAAAAAAGAAUUUUGUUUAAUAAUUUACGUGAAAAUUAUGAAUUGUUCAAAGAAGAGAAUAAAAAUGUUUUAUUAAAUCGUACGUCAUUUGCUGAAUUGAGACCACCAUUUGUUGUUCCAAAAGCUGCUUUGGCUCAUAGGAAUUGUUUGUGUUUAUAUCAUGAAAAUAUUGGUUUACUUUUGAAAUCUAUUGAUAAAUAUGUUGAUGGAAAAUUCUGUUCAUCUUUGCAAAUUUUUACUGAUAGUUUAGUUUGUAGUACAAAUAAUGAAGAAUGUAUGUUUAGUUCUUGCUCACUAUGUGAAGAUUUCUUUACAGAAAAAGUUGAGGAAAACGUUUCAGAUGGUAAUGCUAAAAUUACUUGGUCACAAUGGAUAAAUGAAAACGGUUGUGCCGAAAAAAAAGGUUUUUCAGGAAGUGUUGAUGAAGCACGAGAGCAAUCAAAGUUUUUUGAAAAAUUGAAAGAGGAAGCUAGUGACGAAAAGAUUGUAUUGCAAGUUGAUUUUGCCGAGAAUUUUAAUAUGAAAGAACAAGAUGAAAUUCAGAAGGCUCAUUGGAACUCAAAACCAUUGAGUAUAUUUACUGCUUAUGUUUGGUCAAAAAAUGAAAAUUUUGCUUUUGCUUUACCAUCAUCGGAUAUAACACAUGAUAAGUUUGUUGUUGAUGCAGCUUUGGAAAUCAUUUUGAAUCAUAUUGUAACAAUUCUUCCAAAUAUUAAAGUAGUAGAUUGUUUUUCUGAUGGUGCUGCUUCACAGUUUAAACAACGGUUUCAUUUUCGUAAUUUAGUACAGAUAGCUAAUGAACAUAAUAUUGCUUUGAGUUGGCACUUUUUUGCAACUUCUCAUGGAAAAGGUGUUGUUGAUGGUAUCGGCGGAACUGUCAAACGUCUUGUCUGGUCAGCUAUAUUAGGAGGAGGAGUAUGUCGAUCAGCCGAAGAUUUUAUUAAAAUUGCAAAGAAAAAAACUAAGAAAGUAAUUCUUAUUGAAAUCACGAAAAACAAUAUUGAUAACUCAAAAAAUAAACUUGAAAGUAUUUUCAAAACAGCAAAAAGUAUUCCAGAAACACUCAAAAUGCAUUCAGUUAAAGUAGUUGAUAAUAAUACAUUAGAAUUUCGUUAUUAUUCUUCAUGUUUUCAAAAAAAAACUGUAAAAUAUUGA